AUGGAUCCUCCCACUCUAUUCCACAAUUCCUUCUCCUCUUCACCCCCUUCGAGAUGGGUCGCCCCCAAGAUUGAGGUGGAGGACACACCACCAGCCUCCGAUAGCGCCGUAUCCAUCCGCAACGGCACUACCGGCUAUGGCUCGUCUGACGAACAUGUCUUCUCCGACCCGGCGGUCGCCGAUUUCUGGCGCAAGAGGUACGAAAAAGCCGAGUACGAGAACCGCCACCGCUAUGACCCCGAGUUUAAGUGGACUGCCGAGGAGGAGAAGGCUCUGGUGCGCAAGCUUCCGGAGCUCGGCAUGGACACCAACGACUUCAACUAUGGCCAAACGAUCUUCCUCGUUUCCUUCCUCGCCGCGGAGCUUCCUAGCGGUUUGGUUAGCAAGAAACUCGGUGCUGAUCGCUGGAUUCCUACCAUCAUCAUCGGCUGGUCGAUCGUUGCUGGCGCCCAGGCGUUCAUCCACUCCCGUGCCAGCUUCUAUGCCAUCAAGGCCCUUCUCGGAGUUCUCAUGGGUGGAUUCAUCCCUGAUAUCGUGCUCUGGCUCACCUACUUUUACAAGUCGAACGAACUCCCCGUUAGGUUGGCUUGGUUCUGGACCGCCCUAAGUACCUGUAAUAUUGUGGGAUCUCUCAUCGCUGCCGGAGUGCUCAAGAUGCGAGGCAUCAACGGCUGGGGUGGUUGGCGCUGGCUCUUCCUCCUCGAGGCCAUCCCUACCAUCAUUAUCGGCAUCUUCUCCUAUGGACUCAUGCCUCCUGGCCCUACGCAGACGAAGCAUUGGUUCCGAGGCAAGAACGGCUGGUUCACCGACCACGAAGAGCGCAUCAUUGUCAACCGUCUGCUGCGCGACGACCCUUCCAAGGGUGACAUGAACAACCGCCAGGCCGUCAACCACAAGCUUCUCUGGAAGACGAUCAAGGACUGGGAGCAGUGGCCGCUGUACCUCAUCGGUCUUACCGCGUACAUCCCUCCCUCGCCUCCCAACACCUACCUCUCCUACAUCCUGCGCCAGCUCGGCUUCAACGUCUUCCACGCCAACCUGCUCGCGAUCCCCUCCCAGUUCCUCUUCGCCGUGAACCUGCUCAUCAUCACGUGGAUUUCGGAAAAGUUCAAGGAGCGCGCCAUCGUCUCGUCGUCGUCCAACAUUUGGAUUUUCCCGUGGCUACUCGCGCUCGUGCUGCUCCCCGCCGACGCGAACCCCUGGGUGCGCUACGCCUUGCUCACGGGUCUGCUCAGCUACCCGUACUGCCACGCCGUGCUCGUGGGGUGGAACGCCAAGAACAGCAACGCCGUGCGCACUCGCGCGGUCAGCGCCGCCAUGUACAACAUUUUCGUGCAGUCGGGCAACAUUGUGGCGUCCAACAUCUACCGCGAGGACGACAAGCCUCUGUACCGCCGCGGCAACAAGGUUCUGCUCGGCAUCACCGUGUUCAACAUCUUCCUCUUCUACUUUGUCAAGGGGUUCUAUAUCUGGCGAAACAAGGUCCGUGAUAGCAAGUGGAAUGCCCUUACGAAGGAACAGCAAGAGGACUAUGUUCUCAAUACGACCGAUGAGGGUAUGAAGAGGUUGGAUUUUAGGUUUGCUCACUAA